AUUCAUUGCCCUCGACAUAACCUUCUUUUUCCCUCCUUUUUCAGUCUUUUUCUCUACUUGCUCCUUCCCUUCCUUCCUUCCUUCCUUCCUUUUCUUCCUUUCUUCCUUCCCUCUUCCUUCCCUUAAACCACCACACUUUCCUCCAUCCCGUACACUCACACGCUAACGUUGGCAUGACGAUCACAGCCUACGAUUGGGUUCAGGUUGUCGAUCCCGGUACCAACCGCACAUUCUUUGCGAAUCCUGAUACGGGCGAGUGUCUGACAGAUAAACCCGAAUCAGGAACAAUAAAACCAUUCGACCCAGAAGGUGAAUGGUGGGAGCUAUGGGAUGAUAAAAACCAGAUACCUUAUUAUUACCAUACGCUCUCGGGCCAAACCCACUGGACUCAGCCGGCUGAGAAACCAGUGAUAUCUCUUAUCAAGAUACAACAAGAAUCAACGGUCGAUCUUACACUCGCUACACCGAAUAUGCUUGAGGCUGGUCCCUCAACAACAACAAAACGCAACAGCCGAUCGCUCGACUUACCAUCUAUGCGGUCUCCACCUCAACUUAUGGUUCAUCAUGUUCGCUCGACAUCAGAUGGUGCAAGUAUCAUUCGACAACCUAACGAUUCUGCAUCAUCGUUAUGCACAAGAGAAGAAUCGCAGGACUCCCUGUCGGCUGCCUUAUCGGGUAGCUCGAUGGGCUUGUUCGGGUUCAGAUGGUCUCGAAAACAAAGCCUGUCUGAUGAUAUGUCAGGACGCUCUCGACGAUUAUCCAACUUUUCGGCAUUAUCAGGCUUUCGCAGCAAACACUCUUCAUCAUCUCCAUGGAAAAGCUUCGUCACUCGCUCACAGUCGUCACCACGCAACUCAGUUGCAGUCAGCACACCCGUCAACAAUCCAGACGCUGCUGAUGCAAUGAGUCCGAUAAAAAACCAUAGCGUCGUUGAGUUUCCUACAGGUCCGCUGGCUCAGACCGAUGAAAAACCUGCUCUGCCUACAAACUUAAAACAAGAAAUUAAUCAGUUCGCUAUUGAUGGAUUCGCCAAAAAGUACUUUGCCACGCAUAAACGUGGAUUGAUCUUUCGGCGCCGGGUGCCAAUGAACGAAAUGCUUCAGUGGACAAAGGACUCGAUCAAGCAGCCGUUGAUCAUGCUCAACAAGGAUCUUUACAAGGAUGCGCUGAAAUGCUUCAAGCUCGUUCAAGCAAUCAUGGGCGACCGGCCACGUUCCCGACAGUCAAACGAGAUUGAGGAGUAUCACAUGCUCCUGGGCUGCGGUAUUAGCAAGGGUCAAAUGCGGGAUGAGAUCUACGUUCAGGUCUGCAAGCAGUUGCAUAAUAACCCCACCAACAAAAGCAUCAAAAAAGGUUGGGAGAUCUUGUGCGUGAUUAGCGUUACGUUCCCACCCUCCAAGAACCUCGAAUCCUACUUGACCGACUUUGUGGAACAAAGCCAACACACCUCGACCAACCAAGUAGAUGUGAUGAGCGAGUAUGUGUCGACACGAUUGAAGCGGAUUUGUGCGCGGGGCGCCAAAGGCAAGGUGUUGACGGCUGCUGAGAUUGAGCGCGCAAAGGAGGCACCCUUUAAACCUUCAAUUUUUGGGGAGUCUCUGGGCAUGAUUGUCAAUUUGCCCGGUCACUGCGGUGGUGAUGAUGGUCUCAAGAUACCCAAGAUUGUGCCUUUCCUUGCUGACGCUGUGCUUCAAAUGAAGGGCCAGCAAUCGGAAGGCAUUUUCCGUGUUCCUGGUGACGCGGAAGAAGUGACUGAUCUGCGCAUCCGCAUUGAGAACGGCAAGUAUGAUGCAACAGGCAUCACGGAUCCAAACGUGCCUGCAUCGCUUUUAAAAUACUGGUUACGCGAUCUGGAAGAACCCCUGAUUACAUCCGAGUACUAUGACAGGUGCAUUCGAUGCUCGGAAGAUCCCGACCAGGCCAUUACUAUUGUCAACUCGCUCCCCGAAGUGAACCGACGUAUCAUCAUGUACAUGAUUGCUUUCGUGCAGGAAUUCACUCAAGGGGAUGUGAUCAAGCACACGCGGAUGAACGUGCAUAACCUGGCCAUGGUGUACGCUCCCAAUUUCUUGCGCUGUCCGUCUGAAUCGUUAACGACGGUGUUUGAGAACUCAAAGUACGAGCAGGCAUUCGUACGCACGCUUAUUACAGAUCUCGACGCAGACAAGACGACCUGCGCCUACGGUGACGACAGUCCAGUGGUCGCUGGCAGGAAGGCAGAACAGGAACAAUAACAACACUUAAUAUCACCAUCAUCACAUCGAUAUGCAAUUUCUUCUUCUUCUUCUUCUUUUGUGUGUAUAGGCUCGCACUUGUAAAAGAGCUUUUAAUACUUUUUCUAUGAUGGUUUAUUCUCAAGCAAAUGUAAAGUCUGUAUAUACCAAUAAUAAUAACAACUUACUGGACGUGUUACCACGGGUGAUCAUAUGCUUAGAUCACAGACCCGAAUUCGAGUGCAUCACACAAAAAAGUGCGUGAGAUAGGCCCAGAUACUUAAUACGGGAACCUGCUUUUGUUUUUGUUUUCUCUUCUCUCUCUCUCUCUC